CGCAUCGCGGCUCGAUCCCCCGGCGGGGAGGGACGCGGGCCGGCCCCCUUCGGAGGGCGAGAGGCGCGGCGGGACAGCGGCGGCCGCUCCGCACCCUCCACCCUCCCGCCGCUCCCCCGGGCCCCGCACCCGCCCGCGAUGGCUCAGGGGGGCCCGUGGGCCGCGGCCCCGGGGGCGCGGGUGUGCGGUGCCCACGCGGGGCGGCCGCUGGAGCUGUUCUGCGAGGACUGCGGGCGCUGCGUGUGCGCCCUGUGCCCGGCGCUGGGAGCGCACCGCGGGCACCGCGCCUGCCUCCUGCCCCAGGCCGUCCGCCGCACGCGGGAACUCAUGGCAUUGUGCUUGAAGGAUCUAGAAGAGAGGAAAGAGCAAGAAGCUGGUAACAGAAGGAGCGUAGAGCAGGCUGUGAAUGAUGUGAAGGCACAUGCCAAUAUGAUCAAACGGCAGCUGUCAGAAAAAGUGACCGAGCUCCAGUUACUUCUUCGGGAAGAAGAGAGUCUGGCAAAUAACUUCAUUGAUGAAAAGACUCAGCAAGCCCUAGGAGCACAUGCUCAGCAGUUGGAGUCCUGUCAAGAACAGCUUGCAGCCCUAGAGACCUUCUCGUGUCGGAUCAGACAAAUACAACAGGACAGUGAUCCUAUUCAGUUGCUGGAGAAGUACGUAGAAAUUGAGAAGGAAAUGAAGGAAUCCAGGCACCUGAGAGAACAGUGGCAUCCAGUACCUCUCUCAUUUGAACACAUACUUAACCAUUAUAAGCACUUCUUCAGAGUUCUUCAGUCCAUUCUACAGAAACCACUAGAAGCCCGGCUUAAAGAAGAUGUUUUCAGUAGCCUUAACGCCACUGCAAAGAAGGAACCUGGAACAGUGUUGAAAACCAUGACUCCUGUUGAUCGGUUGCUUUUCUUAAAACAUGCAAGAUCACCAACCUGGGAAUACGACAGCAUUCACCCAAGACUGAAAUUGUCUGAUGACCGUCUUGAAGUAAGCUGCAACUGGAGGAGGAUAUUUUACCCCUGUGGUCCCCAGAGAUUCGAUAAAUUAUGGCAAGUGCUAAGCAAAGAUGCAUUCCUCUCUGGGAGCCAUUACUGGGAAGUUGACCUGCUUCAUGCUGGAGCCGGCUGGUGGAUUGGUGCAGCCUACCCUUCCAUUGGCAGGAAAGGAGACUCUGAAACCUGCCGGCUGGGCUGGAACAGAGCAUCUUGGUGCCUUAAGAAGUUUGAAUUGGAAUACUGGGCAUUUCACAAGGGGGAGAGAAUCCCCAUCUUGGUAGAGGAUGAUCCUGACCGCAUUGGCAUUUUUCUGGAUUAUGAAGCAGGAAUCCUUUCAUUCUACAAUGUUAGUGAUGGAAUGGCUCAUUUGCACACCUUCCACUGCAAGUUCACAGAACCAGUAUAUCCAGCCUUGAGACUCUGGGAAGGGUCCAUUAGAACAUGCAAAUUACCAUAAGGAAUGAAGCCAAAAAAAAAAAAGCCUACUAUUUUAUGCUUUUUCUGUGAAAACCACUUUAGCAUGAAUUAAUCUCUGUAUGAAA